AUGAGCAGUAAUUCUGCCAGUAUAAUCGCCAAAAGUGAGCUCGGACUGACCCCAUUUCAGGUUCAAAAGAUAAGAACUCGGUCGAGAAUUGACAAUCAGGUACGCAUCCAGAAGUGCAAAAUGGCAUUUCCUGGCACGCACCAAAAUGAACACAAGAGGAUGAUGUUCGGCGACAAGAAACUCUUGACAUUGAAGGCCGAAUUCUUAUCAGAAAACCACCGAGUUUUCUGCUCGAUAUCUGAGCUAGCUAAUAAUCACGAGAAGUUACAGCACUUUGAAUGUGUUGCAAUAAUUUUGGCGCAUCCUGUAUAA